AUGAUUUCUGAAAAAGAAAAUCGACAUGAAAAUGCGUGGGAGGAAGAUGCUUUAUUAGAGCUUCUCUUUAGAGCCCCAAAUUUAGUAACUGAUGAUGAUCUACUAAACAUAUCUUUGAGCAACUUAGCUAAGAAUGUGAACGAUGAAUCACCAGCUUCUUUGAUCAUGAGAAUAUACUGUCGAUGGCUCGAAGUCCAUCGGAGAAGCCCAUUGCAAUUACUUAAAGCUUGGCCAAAUACGAUUAAGCAGUGGGUGGAAUCAUUGGAGCACCGUGGAGUUGAUAAGGAAGCAGUAAUCGCACACGUUGUGGAUUGGAAGAAAGCCAAUGGUCCUUCCACACUCAAUGGCCGGAAAAGAUGGAUUGAGGAAAAGCACCUUCCUUCUGUUGAUGAGAUUGAAAGAGUGUUUGAUGAAAAACACGGCUUAACCAAAGAUAAACCUUCGGAUGAAGGAUACUCUGAUGGAGGUGAGUAUCGAUCAGACAAGCUCUCAAGUAAAUCAGAUCCUGGAGGCAGUCAUUCAGAGUAUGUUCCACCGAGUUAUAUCUGCAAUCGAUGCGGGAAGAAUGGCCACUUGGUCAAACAAUGUCCAACAAAUAUGGAUCCUGCUUUUGACCAAAAGCCACCGAAGUCAUAUAAAUGCUCGAUUUGCAACAAAUUCGGAAAGCACUGGUAUUCGCUAUGCCCAGAGAACACCAAGAAAGACUCCAUCACCCAAAAACGUCUGGUUGCCGGGAUGAAAGCCAAAACCCAGCAAAGAACCUUAGACAAGAGAGAUAGCUGCAAGGCAAAACGAGGGGGAAUGUCAAAAACAAACAAUUCCGAAAACAAAGGCGCAGAGCGAGAUUCGAGGCUUUGGCGAGGCGGAAAACUGGAGGCAUUUGAAAAAUCAGGUUCUUCCAAACGAGAACAAGCAAUGGCUUUGGAUCACAGUAUCGGCCGAGAGUCAAAAUUGCCAGCUCGUAACAACAUGCUUGAACAACUUGCCGAUGUCGAGGAACGUAUACACAGAGCCUCCGUGGCUAUGGCAGAGGAUACCGGGAUGUCAAUGGAAACCGUGGCAGGAGUGACUGGUGUGUCGAUCUCCAAUGUGGCCUCUACCAUCAUGGCAGCUAAUCGCAAGCGUGCUCGCUCGAUGGAAAUAAAUGAUAUCGAUUACAAGGAGCAUCAACGUACCAUCAGACAAAAAGUUGAAUAUGAUGAUAGAGAAGAGCUAAUGCAUGAUGUUGAUGACACAAGAUCCCUACAUUUGGACGCCGAAAGGAACGACGCAGACGCAAGGGGAAUUCUCAGGGAAACGAAUCCAUAUACCGCAGAAUUUGAAUUAAGCCAAAAACUUCCAACUAGAAACUCGACAAUUUCAACCGGAAACUUUGUGCAAAGCCAAGCCUCUGAUAUAAAUAUGCGCCCACGAGAUGUUUCGCCUAUGGAUACUUCUAGCGAAGACGACAUUCGAACUCCUGUGGAUGAUAUGGAAGCAGGAUGUGACUCGCCAAGAGUUCGUUCGGAGACUCCAGAGAGAAUCUAUUCCGAUUUUGUUAAGGGCCUGAUUGCAAAUCGAACAGAAGGUCAUAUUGUAAACCUGAGGAGAAGACGCCGCACAGCGGUACAGUUGUGGGAUGAAGAUGACCAACGUCGUAUGGGACAACUGGAAAUUGCAACAUCACCCCCACAAAGCUCCUCUCCAUUGUCUUCUGCUUCAUCGUUGGUCUCAAAUCAUACAUUCGACCGUUCACCUGACCGAGUUCCAAGUGAGAUUCCUUACUUCAAUCUUGACAAAAGCACGUCAACCUCCCCAGGUUCCGAUAUUGAAAUGCAAGAGUAA